AUGCUUCGCAACAUCACCCUCGCCCUCGCGGCAGUACUCCCCUUUGCUAUGGGCCAGGUCAGCGAGGGCUUCGAGGCCGGCCUGGAUGCCACGGCUUGGCCGACCUAUGCGCCCGACUGCAGCCAGGGCGGCAAGAUCACGCUCGACUCUUCGCAGGCACACACUGGCAAGAACUCGGUCAGGGUCGACGGUGCAGGUGGCUACUGUGGACACAUCUUCUUUGGCACCACAAAGGUGCCCAGCGGCGACGUAUACGUCAGGACAUGGCUCAAAGCAUCCCGCGCCUUGACCGACGCGCACGUCACCUUCAUCACCAUGCCCGACACGGCGCAGGGCGCCAAGAAGCACCUCCGCGUAGGCGGCCAGAGCAAGAUCCUCAUGUUCAACCGCGAGACGGACGACGCGACGCUGCCGGACCUGUCGCCGCAGGGCAUCGCCACGUCGGCGGCGCUGCCCGCCAACAGCUGGCAGUGCCUCGAGUACCACCUGGGCCCCGACGGCACGCUCGAGACGUGGCUCAACGACAAGGCCGUCGCGGGCCUCACCAGCAAGGCCGGCGUCGCGAACCCCAACGCGGCGCAGUGGCAGCGGAGCAGCAUCAAGCCAAAGGUCUCGGGCGUCUACUUUGGCUGGGAGUCGUACGGCGGAGAUGCAAACACGUUUUGGUACGACGAUGUCGCCAUCAGCUCCCAGAGGGUUGGCUGCGGGAAUGCUACUGUGGUUUGA